UCCUCGCAGAUAACGGUCGAGCGGAAAAGCGGAAAAUACAUAUAUAUAACAACAUUCAGAAAGUAUACAAAUCGCACAGCGGACUCUGCCGCGUUGUGAAAAUGUUAAAUAUCUGCUAGAUGCGAAUAAAUGCAACAGUGACAAGUGCUCGACGAGAAAUCGAAUUAAUUUUGUGCAACCGGAAACUGCCAUCGAAAGCAAUACAAAGAUGCGGUCGAGGAGAUUCUUUGUCUUGCCGCCGCUGCUGGUCCUGCAAUUAAUUUGCACCUGCCGAGUGGCUUUAGCUUUGCCCGAUAUCAUUAAGAUUGGUGGUCUGUUCCAUCCCUCCGAUGACAACCAGGAGCUGGCCUUCCGCCAGGCAGUGGACCGCAUCAACUCCGACCGUUCUAUUCUGCCGCGCUCAAAGCUGGUGGCCCAGAUCGAGCGCAUCUCUCCCUUUGACAGCUUCCAUGCCGGAAAAAGGGUUUGCGGUUUAUUGAACAUCGGAGUUGCCGCCAUUUUUGGGCCUCAAUCCUCUCACACCGCCAGCCACGUCCAGAGCAUUUGCGACAACAUGGAGAUUCCUCACUUGGAGAAUCGCUGGGACUACCGGCUGAGGCGGGAGAGCUGUCUGGUGAAUCUUUAUCCGCACCCUAAUACGCUCUCCAAGGCUUAUGUGGAUAUCGUACGACACUGGGGCUGGAAGACGUUCACCAUAAUCUACGAGAACAAUGAUGGCAUCGUGCGGCUGCAGGAGCUGCUCAAGGCUCACGGGAUGACACCCUUUCCUAUUACUGUGCGCCAAUUGAGCGACAGUGGGGAUUACAGACCCCUGCUGAAGCAGAUCAAGAACUCGGCGGAGGCACACAUCGUGCUGGACUGCUCCACGGAGCGCAUCCAUGAGGUGCUGAAGCAGGCCCAGCAGAUCGGGAUGAUGAGUGAUUAUCACAGCUAUCUGGUGACCUCACUGGAUCUGCACACGGUGAAUCUGGAAGAGUUUCGGUAUGGAGGAACCAACAUCACCGGUUUCCGGCUGAUCAAUGAGAAGAUCGUCUCAGACGUGGUCCGUCAAUGGAGCAUCGACGAGAAGGGACUGCUGAGAUCCGCUAACCUGACCACCGUGCGCUCCGAGACGGCGCUCAUGUAUGAUGCCGUGCAUCUGUUCGCCAAGGCGCUGCACGAUCUGGACACAUCGCAGCAGAUUGACAUCCAUCCAAUUAGCUGCGAUGGACAGAGCACCUGGCAGCAUGGCUUCAGCCUGAUCAACUACAUGAAGAUUGUCGAGAUGAAGGGCUUGACCAAUGUGAUCAAGUUUGACCAUCAGGGCUUCCGAACGGAUUUUAUGCUAGACAUUGUGGAGCUGACUCCGGCUGGUAUUCGGAAAAUAGGCACCUGGAACUCCACCCUGCCCGAUGGCAUCAACUUCACGAGGACCUUUAGCCAAAAGCAGCAGGAAAUUGAGGCUAAUCUGAAGAACAAGACGUUGGUGGUUACAACAAUACUGAGCAAUCCCUAUUGCAUGAGAAAGGAGUCGGCGGUGCCUCUAAGUGGCAACGAUCAAUUUGAAGGCUAUGCCGUGGAUCUCAUCCACGAGAUCUCCAAGUCCCUGGGCUUCAACUACAAGAUUCAGCUGGUGCCAGAUGGCAGCUAUGGUAGCCUCAAUAAACUGACGGGAGAGUGGAACGGCAUGAUACGAGACUUGUUGGAGCAGCGAGCCGACCUGGCCAUUGCGGAUCUCACCAUCACCUUUGAGCGUGAGCAAGCGGUGGACUUCACCACGCCUUUUAUGAACCUGGGUGUAUCCAUAUUGUAUCGGAAACCUAUCAAGCAGCCACCGAAUCUGUUCUCCUUCCUGUCACCUUUAUCCCUGGAUGUGUGGAUCUACAUGGCCACUGCCUACUUGGGUGUCUCUGUGCUGCUCUUCAUCCUGGCCAAAUUUACACCCUACGAAUGGCCGGCCUAUACGGAUGCACAUGGCGAGAAGGUCGAGAGUCAGUUUACCUUGCUCAACUGCAUGUGGUUUGCCAUUGGAUCUCUGAUGCAGCAGGGCUGUGACUUUCUGCCCAAGGCUCUAUCCACGCGCAUGGUGGCCGGCAUCUGGUGGUUCUUUACUCUGAUCAUGAUCUCCUCUUACACUGCCAACCUGGCUGCCUUUUUGACUGUCGAGCGCAUGGACUCGCCCAUCGAGAGUGCCGAGGAUCUGGCCAAGCAGACGAGAAUCAAAUACGGAGCCUUGAAGGGCGGCAGCACGGCAGCUUUCUUUAGGGACUCGAAGAUUUCCACUUAUCAGCGAAUGUGGUCCUUUAUGGAGUCGGCUCGUCCCUCGGUCUUUACAGCCAGCAAUGGAGAAGGUGUAGAGCGUGUGGCCAAGGGCAAAGGAUCCUAUGCCUUUCUAAUGGAAUCCACCUCCAUCGAAUAUGUGACUGAGCGCAACUGCGAGCUAACGCAAGUAGGAGGCAUGCUGGACACCAAGAGCUACGGCAUAGCCACCCCACCCAAUUCACCCUACCGCACCGCGAUCAAUAGCGUUAUACUCAAGCUGCAGGAGGAGGGCAAGCUGCACAUCCUGAAAACCAAGUGGUGGAAGGAGAAACGCGGCGGCGGCAAAUGCCGGGUGGAGACCUCCAAGUCCUCAUCGGCAGCCAAUGAGCUGGGCCUGGCCAAUGUGGGCGGCGUGUUUGUGGUACUGAUGGGCGGCAUGGGCGUGGCCUGUGUCAUUGCCGUCUGCGAAUUCGUAUGGAAGUCACGCAAGGUCGCCGUAGAGGAGCGCCUGAGCGCGAUACUGAACGAAUGAGAAAAGUCGUAAACCCGGGACGAGUGGGUCUAGGCGACGUGGGUCCCGGGAGUGCAAUCGAAGAUGCAAGUAGAGGCGAAGGCAUGCAAUCCGGUAGAGCAUAUAUCAACAGCAAUAGACGAAAUAGCCAGUUGUCGACAUCCCACGCAGAUAUGGGGCUUACACGAACUUCGGACGUAUCAGUGUCAAGAUUUCCGGAGUUGCCACCAAUGAAAGUUUGCACCGAUUUGAAGGCUACGUGGAACCAGAUAUUAAUAUACAUUUAAGCAGCAUAUGCAUAUGAGGGCCAUAUGCCAAAUAUAUAUUUAUACAGGUUAUACUCCCUUUCGUAACAUACUCGUACUAACCAUAUACAUAAACUUUACACUACAGCAGAGCUGCACACACAGUGUCCUAGAGCAAGUUCUUAGAGACACUCUGCGGACAGCUCUUCACUAAAGGAACCACAACGCAAAUACUUGCAACAAAUCGAAUCGAAUCGUAUUGCAUUUAUAUUUGAAAGCAUUUUUGGGAAUUGACCUAUAGGCGUAAUUGUAGCUAAAUUAUUUAUACACACGGAACGAUCAGAAUGCAUAUAACCCAGUGGACAGGAUCAGCGUAUUCUUAACCCUAAGAAGCCGGACACAAUUUACACACAACAAAUCGAAGCCGAUAUUUUCGACGAACUUAGCCAGUAGACCUAACCUAAGUGAGUUGUAACUCUUAGCUUAGACAUACUACUCCCACUUUUCCCCGUCUUCCCCAGCCGUGUCUCUCUCUCUCUGUCUCCCCCUUAAGAUAUAAGAUUGUAAAAUGUAAUUACCACUCAUAGAGGCGAUUCAAACAGACA